AUGAACUUCGGUAGUCUAUUCGACAACCCAACCGGUGGUGGACCCGCCGGAGCGAGAAUCCUCUCCGGUUUAACAUAUGGCAACCACACCAACGCAUCCACCGUAAUACCCAGCGGUGCUAUGGCUCAAGCGAGCCUCUUCUCUCCUCCUAUUGCGAAAUCUGUUUACGCCGCCUCAGGCCUCUCUCUAGCUCUCGAACAACCGGAGAGAGGAACGACAAACCGUGGAGAAGCAUCGAUGAGGAACAAUAACGGUGGCGAUAAAUUCGAUGGAAGUGCGAAUAGAAGAAGCCGAGAAGAGGACCAUGAGAGCAGAUCUGGAAGUGAUAACGUCGAAGGAAUCUCCGGCGAAGAUCAAGACGCCGACGAUAAACCUCCGAGAAAAAAACGUUACCACCGACACACUCCUCAGCAAAUCCAAGAGCUCGAAUCUACGUUCAAAGAGUGUCCACAUCCAGACGAGAAACAGCGGUUAGAACUAAGCAAGAGACUUUGCUUGGAGACAAGACAAGUCAAGUUCUGGUUCCAGAAUCGUCGGACUCAAAUGAAGACUCAAUUAGAGAGGCACGAGAACGCAUUACUGAGACAAGAGAACGAUAAGCUAAGAGCUGACAACAUGUCGAUUCGCGACGCCAUGAGGAAUCCGAUAUGCACCAACUGUGGUGGACCCGCCAUGCUCGGUGACGUCUCUCUCGAAGAACACCAUCUCCGUAUCGAGAACGCUCGACUCAAAGACGAGCUCGAUCGCGUCUGUAACCUCACCGGUAAAUUCCUCGGCGGCCACCACCACCCUAACCACCACAACUCCUCCCUCGAGCUCGCUGUCGGCACCAAUAACGGCGGAAAUUUCGCAUUUCCUCCUGAUUUCGGCGGUGGCAGCUGCUUACCGCCGCCGCAGCAGCAACAUCCGAUGGUUGUUAACGGGAUUGAUCAGAGGUCGGUUUUGCUGGAGCUGGCUUUAACCGCCAUGGAUGAGCUAGUGAAGCUCGCUCAGAGUGAAGAACCGUUAUGGGUCAAAAGCUUGGACGGGGAGAGAGAUGAGCUUAACCAAGAAGAGUACAUGAGAACAUUUUCAUCCUCUAAACCAACCGGUUUAGCAACCGAAGCUUCUAGAACCUCCGGUAUGGUCAUCAUCAACAGCUUAGCUCUCGUCGAGACCUUAAUGGACUCCAACCGAUGGACGGAGAUGUUUCCGUGUAACGUUGCAAGAGCAACAACCACCGACGUUAUCUCCGGCGGAAUGGCCGGAACAAGAAACGGUGCACUUCAACUGAUGAAUGCGGAGCUACAAGUUUUGUCUCCGUUGGUUCCGGUUCGCAACGUCAACUUCCUCCGGUUCUGCAAACAGCACGCGGAAGGUGUGUGGGCGGUUGUUGACGUAUCUAUUGAAAACUCCGGAGGCGCUCCGGUUAUAAUCCGGCGACUACCAUCAGGUUGUGUGGUGCAAGAUAUGUCCAAUGGAUAUUCAAAGGUCACGUGGGUGGAGCAUGCAGAAUACGACGAGAACCAAAUCCACCAGCUGUACCGGCCACUGCUUCGGUCAGGUCUUGGUUUCGGAUCUCAAAGAUGGGUCGCUACACUUCAGAGACAAUGCGAGUGUCUCGCUAUCCUCAUGUCCUCCUCCGUUGCAUCUCACGACAAUACAUCUCUAACGCCUGGUGGUCGUAAAAGCAUGCUGAAGCUAGCUCAACGUAUGACGUUCAACUUCUGUUCCGGCAUCUCUGCACCGUCUGUCCACAGCUGGAGCAAGCUCACUGUCGGAAAUGUUGACCCGGACGUUCGAGUUAUGACCCGUAAGAGUGUGGACGAUCUAGGCGAGCUUUCGGGGAUUGUUCUAAGUGCUGCCACGUCUGUGUGGCUUCCUGCUUCCCCACAGCGUCUGUUUGAUUUCUUGCGGAACGAACGGAUGAGAUGCGAAUGGGAUAUUCUGUCUAACGGUGGUCCCAUGCAGGAGAUGGCUCACAUCGUCAAAGGUCAAGAUCAAGGCAACUCCGUCUCUCUCCUCCGCUCCAAUCCAAUGAACGCGAACCAGAGCAGUAUGCUAAUUCUUCAGGAGACAUGCAUAGACGCAUCUGGAGCGCUUGUCGUCUACGCUCCUGUUGAUAUUCCAGCCAUGAAUGUUGUGAUGAACGGUGGAGAUUCAUCCUACGUGGCUCUCCUUCCUUCCGGUUUUGCUGUUCUCCCCGACGGAGGCAUUGAAGCUGGCUCCGGUGACGGUGAGCAGAGACCGAUCGGUGGCGGGUCCCUCUUGACGGUGGCGUUUCAAAUCCUUGUGAGCAAUCUCCCUACGGCAAAACUCACGGUUGAGUCGGUGGAGACGGUCAAUAACCUUAUAUCAUGCACCGUUCAGAAGAUCAGAGACGCUCUUCAGUGCGAAAGCUAA